AUGACGGCGUCUUUCUCGCCGGCGUGGGCUCUUGUCGUACUGCUCGCCGCAGUCGGCUCCGUCUCCCUCGCAUCCGCCUCCGCCUCCGUCGCCGACGCAGCCGUGGGCGCCGACGUGCCGCACCGGGUGAGCCUCGGCUGCGCCGGCGCGGCCGACAUCGCCAUCGAGCAGGGCCCGGGGACGACGCUGCCCAGCGGGAUCCCGUCCUACACGGUGGACAUAAUCAACCGCUGCUCCGGCGCCGGGCGCCGCGCCGACUGCGCCAUCUCUGGCAUCCACGUGCGCUGCGGCUGGUUCAGCUCCGUCACCCUCGUCGAGCCGACCAAGUUCCGGCGGGUGGCGCCCGACGACUGCCUCGUCAACGACGGCAAGCCGCUCUUGGCCGACGACACCAUCUCCUUCGAGUACGCCAAUUCCUUCGCCUACAAGCUCUCCGUCGCCAAGGCCAGCUGCGUCCACCCGGCCGCCGACACCUCCGACUAG